AUGUCUGCAAAAGAACGUCGACGUCGACCACAGCCCGCAGCUCAAGUGAAAAUAGCCUUUGGAAACGAAGAUGAUGAUAAGGGAAAACAAAAAAUAUCAGAAGAAAAUAAUUCAAAAUUACCACAUCAAAUCUUGAAUAAAAAUAUAGAUGAUCGUAGUUCAGACAAAUUAUAUGAACGAGCGUUAUUUACAAUCAAUAGUGUUACCGUAGAAAUUAUAUUAGAAAAUGAUACAUUGAGUUGGUCAACUGUCACUGGCGAAACUUCUCAUGAUGAAACUAAUCGAAGAAAAUCUACAAAUCGAGAGAAUGUAAAUUCAGUUAAUAUACAAAAUGUUUAUGCAAUUUCACCAAUGUAUGCUCAUCAAAAUUGGUCAUUAGGUGGUGAAAAUUUGAGUGGUACUUCUGUAUCGACAUCAAAUACAAUUAUUUCAUUAGCAGCACCUUCAUCAACUUCAGCACAAGACUCAGUUUUGCGUGGUUUUCAGUUACACUCUUAUCAAACUAUGCCAGAUAGCAUAUUACAAGAAAUGCUUAUUAUAUUUCAAAGUAAUCAACCUAACCAAAUAGAACACUGGUAUCAUCUAUUAUCGAAAAUUAUUUCAGACUGUAAAUCAAUACGUCAUAUUCUUGUUAUGUUAAAUCCAUAUGCUGGCCCAAGACGUGCUCGACAUACAUACUCGACGAAAGUAAAAGCCAUGUUAGAACGAGCACAACAUAAAAUAACAUAUAUAGAAAUUGAUGAUCAAUUUAAUGCUGAUGAAGCAUUAGAUAAUUUUGAGGGUGAUUUUGAUUCAAUCGAGGGUUUAGUUAUUAUUGGUGGCGAUGGGUCAGUCAUCAAUGUUAUCAAUGGAUUAAUUCACUAUUUAACAAAAGAAAAUCGAACUAGAUUAGAUAUUGAACAUGACUUACCAUCAAUACCUUUUCCAAUAUGUAUCGUUCCCGAUGGUACAACAAAUAUUAUUUGUAAUACCAUUCAUGGCAACACAGAUCAUUGUACACCAAUAUUACAUUUACUUUUUAAUCAGCAAAUGAAAAUCGAUAUGUCAGCCGUAUUUGAUAUUGAUUAUAACUUUGCUACUGCAAAUUUUAGCACUGGUGCUGGUUAUCCAGCUAAUGUUUUGAAAUAUUUUCCACGCUAUAGUUUAAAUAGUACGAAAGCCGUCAUUAAAAAAUCAUUUUCCAAAGCAGCUUCAAAUAAAAAUCUGAAACCUAUGGAAAUGAAAAUAAGAUACAUUCCAGUAUAUCAAGAUAUUGGACCCAUGACUCGUUGCUAUCGAGGUUGUCCAUCAUGUACGCCAGCAUUAACAGAAAAAAGUGAUGAUCAAGUCAAAACUUUUGAUAAUUUUCAUGUUCAACAAAUAAGCAGAAGGAAGAAAUCAUCAUUAACAUCGAACAAUGAUUGUAAUAAUCGUUUAACGUCAGCCGGAAAGAAUUCUUCUAAUCAGUCGAAUGAAAAAGAAAAAAAUUGGAAAACACUUGAUAAUGAAUAUUUGCAAGUAGUUGUGUUAACGAAUGCUUGUUUAUGGUCAUUCGCACCACAAGGUUUAUCGAAAUUUGGUCAUCUAGCUAAUGGUUUGCUUGAUUUAGUUUUGAUUGAGCCAGUUGGCCGUAAAGACUUUCUACGUUAUGUUAGACGUAAUGGAAAUUCAAAAAAUCAGUUGGAGCUUCCCUUCACGAAAUUAAUCAAAGCAAAAGAAGUGGAAAUCGAACUGAAAUCAUCACUCGAUAAUAUUUGCAAUGAACUAUCAAAUACUGAUAAUCAGUUCGAUUCAUCACUGUCAGAUGAUUCUUCCAAUGAUGAUAUGUCGGAUAAUGACAGGAAACAAUCUAGUUUAAAACGACACGAACCUCGCCCACCGAGUGCACCAAUGUCAGAAGAUAGUCGACGCCAGCGUCGCCGUCGUCAUCAUCGAACAAAUGAGCAAGCACCAGAAUCUUCUCACAACAUGAUUCAGUCAUCUCAUUAUUCCAAAAACCGCCAUAAACAACAAGAAAAUGAAACAGACAAUCCACAAAUCGAUCCAUACGGUUCAACAACAUCGCUUCGUCGUAGUGGAAUUUUUCAAUCAUUAAAAUUAAAAGCUGAUAAACUACGUUUACCACGUCCAUCUAGUGCUCGUGGCGGAGAACCUGAUGAUGAAAAACAGCAAAAAAAGAAUCGAAAAUCAGCUGGAGGAACCCUUCGACCAGCAAGAUCUUUACUAAACUUAUUGUCGCCUGGCACUUUCUCAACAGGAAACACUGAUAAAUCGUCAACAAAUUUAUCGCGUGAUUCAUUUUCUUCUGGUAUUAAUAGAAGACCAUCAGUCAUCAGUCGAUCAUCAAGUGUAGACAGUCCAAAAAUAUCAAAUGAUCAUGAUAAACAUCGAAAUAAGAAAACAACAUGUAUGUGGAAUUUAGAUUUUAGUCCAUAUAAUUCAUCAUUGAUAAGAAUUAAAUGUUUUUAUCGAUAUUUACCGGUUUAUGGCGUUGGUCUUGAUCCUCAAACGAAAUUGACAGAAGUCAACUAUUCAUGUUUUGGACGACUUGGUUAA